AUGAGCUGGUUUGACACGACGUUGUUUUGGGCAGAUUUCCCGGCCGGUACACCGCCGGGCGUUCUUCUAGAUAGGCCGACGAAUCCAGGAUUCUUCAAGAGCAAAUCGGACUAUGUCAAGAAACCGAUCCCCAAAAAAGGAUUGGAGAAGCUUUGGAAGAAAAUGUUGACGUUCAACAAUUUUGUGUGGAUGCAAAUGAACACUUACGGUGGAGUGAUGGACCGGAUUCCGGCCAACGCCACAGCGUUCCCUCACCGGAAAGGAAACUUGUUCACGGUUGGAUAUUCUACCGUAUGGUCAGACGCAAACGGCACAGAGACUAGCCUGAGAAUGAUGAAUGAGCUCUACAAGGUCGCGGAACCGUACGUGUCAAGUAACCCGAGAGAGGCGUUCUUUAACUACAGAGACAUCGAUAUUGGAAGCAAUCCGAGUGAUGAGACAAACGUUGAUGAAGCUAUGAUCUAUGGAACCAAGUAUUUCUUGGGGAAUUUGAAGAGAUUGAUGCAAGUUAAAGCUAAGUAUGAUCCUGAAAAUUUCUUUAAGAACGAGCAGAGUAUUCCUCCUGUUCCCAUAAUGUAG